AUGGAAAACAGCGUAAAGCAACGUGCGGUCAGAGCAGACAGUCUGAACUUAGGAGAGGAGCCAGGUGGCCGCUCCUCCCCGGGACCCGCUUCCUGUCCAGCCAGCAGCGCCAGCAAACCAAAGACCAAUCCUGCGGAGGAGGCCGUUCGCCUUCCUGAAGAGAAAACUGUGAAAGCGAGGACACAGUCCAAUCCAGUUGUUCUGAGCCAUGCGUGUUCACGUGUGCACUCUGUCCCCGCGGGAGCCCUGGAGAAGUGGGCGCCGUGGGCUCCCGGAGGACGCCGGGCCUGGGUCUGUGUGCGCCCGCAUCCGUCAGACACUCCAGCGAGGGCAUCCAGCAAGGGCACCGGCUGCCGCUGCGCCCUGGGCGGGCGUCUCCCUGAUCCCGCGGGAAGGCGCCUAGACGCAGCUUUCUGA